AUGUUGUCUUGCAAAGCGUGCCUUAGACAUGCGCUUCAGCCAAUCGCCAGCAAAAGUUCUUUUACAGAAGCAUCUGCCACGAUCACCACUCUCCAGCAUGGCCUCCCACUGUACCGUCAGCUCCAACAGCGAUCCCAUACUACAGCCGCCGGCACCGCUUUCUUGAAGGAGGCGCGGAAAGGCCCAGAAACCCCCCAAGAUGACGAAGACAUUAUCAAGAAGAACAGGAGGCGGAAGUUGGAGUGGGCUGUUGACCAGCACCUCAAGUACAUAGACGACCCCUUCAAGAUCGCUCAGCAAGUUGAGGCGACUCUCAAGAAGGACCGCUUCGAUGAGGCCCUCCUCCUUGUUCACCGCGCCGGCAAGACCAAACAGGUCGUCGUGGCCUGGAACCACCUGAUCGAGUACCAGAUCCGAGACAAGAAGCGCGUAAAUGCCGCCAUCAAACUCUAUAACGAUAUGAAGAAACGGGGCCAGCUGCCCAACGACCGUACCUACACCAUCCUCCUCAGCGGCUGUGCCAAAUCGCCCGACCCGAAAGCUGCCGUGCCCAAGGCCGUCGCCCUGUACAACUCGCUUCUCAAAGAAACCUCACGCGUGCGUGCCAACUCGUUCCACCUCAACGCAGUGCUCCAGGUCUGCGGCCGCGCGGGCGACGUUGACGCCAUGUUUUCCAUCGCCGAAACGGCCGAUGGCCGCGCCGGCCGCAAGACCACAGCAUACACGUACACGGCCAUCAUCAACACCCUGCGCGCCGAGGCGGAGAGCCCAGCAAAUCAGAAGGACCGGUCCCUUCAGGAGACCGCCGACGCGACGGCGCAAACGAUCAAGAGAUGCAAGGCCAUAUGGGAGGAGGUCCUGCGCAACUGGCGCAAGGGCACCCUGGAUCUCGACGAGGACCUGGUCUGCGCCAUGGCCCGUGUGCUGCUCCUCGGCGGUAGGAAAGAGAAGGCUGAGAUCAUGCCCCUGCUCGAGCAGACCUUGAGCGUUCGCGACAUGACCCGCGAAAAGCCCGACAAGGACUAUCCACUGCGCAUGAACGAAGGUAUGAAGGGCAUCGCCACCGCCGACUCCGCGCCUCGGAAACCCGUGCCCUCGACUAAGCCGAGGAUCACUUAUGCUGUACCGCGGGGCAACACCCUCUCCCUGGUUCUCGAGCUCCUCUGCGAAAAUAAGCAGGCCAAGCUGGCUGUGCAGUACUGGGAGCUCUUCGUCUACUACUACGGCCUCGAGCCCGACUCGGACAAUUGGCACCAGCUCAUCCGAAUCUACGAGCGCAACGGGUCGAGCCGCGACGCCGCCAAGGCGGUGCUCAAGCUUCCCGACGAGACGAUACUGCCCAUGAUGUACCGCCGCGCUCUGUCAGCCUGCAUCAAAGACAACAUGAACCAAGCCGCCUUUGAAAACGCCAACCUCAUACUGGAUAAGAUGACAUCUCGCGCCUCCGCCUCCAAGGGGGCCACGCCCCUCGAUGUGCGCGCCCUUCACCUGUACCUCAAGGCCGCUAUGGUGUCCCACUUUCACUUCCGCAAGAUGGCCGAGGGAGGCAAGGUCGAGGAGGCGAAGCGCGCGUACGGCGAGCAGCUCGCCACUGCGGUUAAUAAACUAUGGGCCCCCUUCACCUCCGCCAAGGACGCGGCGGUCAAGACAACUACAAAGGCGGGAGGAAAGCUACCGUCUAAGCCACCGAUGAGGCGCGACGCGGCAAUUCAACAGCUUGUCGAGCUCGCCCGCAAUAUGGUUGGCGCCGUCGACAAGGUCGUCAACGAGAACAGACUCGCCGACGACGAGGCCGUCGAGAAGCUCAAACAGAAGCGCAAUGACCUCAACCGCUUCGUGGUCGAGUUCACCGACCCGAACCAACAGAAGGAGGAUGCCGCCUCGGAUGAUGCGCUCAUGGAGCGCGCCGGGGGAACGAUGUGGGAGAUCUGA